GGCUGAGCCGUCCCCUGUACGAGUCAUGAACACUUUCAUGGAGAUGACGGGGUCUCCGGAUCCAGCAAAAGUGAUGCAGAUGCUGCAGAGUAUGGGCCCUGAAGACCAGGAGCGAAUCAUGGAACAUGCCAUGAAUUUUAUGAAUCGUGGCAUUGAGAAGUCUCCAGCGGAAGAGCGAACUCAGUUCAGAAAGGAUCGUGAAAAAUUCAAGGCUGCAGCGGCUGAAAUCAAUUCUCAGCAGCUGCAUUCAAUCAACAUUCGACACUCCUUUGACACCAAACCCAGCUCUGGUAGUCGAAAAGGAUCUUUGGUUCCCACGACGGUAAAAGAUCUGUCGCUGGGAACCACCCAUCGAGGGAAGAUUCUGGAAGGGACUAUCUGCGAAGACCCAAUCUUCACUGGAUCGUCUGUUUUCUUGCUGGAGGACCGUCAGGGAGGCGUGAUCAAAGUUGCAGUCUACAACAUCCCUGACGCAAGUUGGCCCGUGACUGAGCACAUCUUCUUCAAGGGAAGGACCUUGGCAGUCCAAGAGCCUUACUACAAACAAUUCAUGGACGGCUCCUUGGGCAUCCGCGUAGAUGAUCCUUCAGAGAUCGUUGAUGCAUCAAGUGCCUCCAGCCCAAGCGACUUCAAAACCCUAGGAAACAAAUGUUUCCAAGCGAAAGAGCAUCAACAGGCCUUGGAUUUCUACAAAAAAGCGCUUGAGGCAGCCUCCAAGCCUCGCCAAGAACUAUCCAUUCUCUGCAGCAACAGAUCACUUUGCCAGAUGAAAUUGGGCAACCACUUGCUGGCUGUCGCCCUUUCAGGUGCUGCAACUCACUUGGAUUCUGGUAAUGCAAAGGCGAAACAUCGUUUGAAGCAGGCCGUUGAGAAGCAAGGCCUCAACUCCACACAGUGGGCGCGGCAAGAAGGAGUGGUGGCAUGGUCUCAACUGCAGGAGGA